ACAGGAUGUAACUAUUGCAGCUAGACCACCACCAGUACCAUGGUCCACCAGUGAUGAUGUAGAUUGCAGUUUGUAUCUGUUUUAUACGUGUUUAUAAACGUAUUGGAACCCCCCAUGAACAGACGUGUGUGAACACUGACAACUGAUGAUAUAAAAACGCCUUUGGAUUAAGCUGCUUCUUCAUUCUGUCUCCAAACUGAAAAGUGUUUGUGACCAUAGAACAUCAUAGAGGACUUAUUUCAUUCAUUGAAUAUAUCUUUUCGUAUGAAUUUUUCAAAAGACACUAACGGAAAGAUGCCGCAAGUAGUGGAUAAAAUGAGUGAGGAGAUACGCUCGUCGCUGUUUUGGAGGGCGUGCCUCGCCGAGUACAUAGCCACCCUGUUCUUCGUUUUCCUCGGUCUAGCCUCCACGGUGACUUUUGGGGAUGAGAUCCCUGAUUUACUGAAGAUUUCCCUGGCGUUUGGUUUGGGUAUCGCUACCCUUGUCCACUGUACGGCCCACAUCAGCGGUGGCCACCUAAACCCCGCCGUGACCAUCGCGUUCCUGGUCACCCAUCAAAUCACCCCGUUGAAAGCGAUCCUCUACAUCCUAGCUCAGGUGCUUGGAGGAAUAUCUGCGUCCGGGAUUCUCUCCGGGCUGACCACCGGGAGCAAUUGGGAAACAGGGACAGGGUACGGAGUCACGGCACCCCAGGUUGGAGUGAUGGAAUACCAAGCCCUAUUCGUUGAGAUGUUGCUCACGUUUCAGCUUGUGUUUACCGUGUUUUCCACAGUUGAUCCCGACCGUAAAGGUUUCACAGGCUCCGGGCCACUGGCGAUUGGUCUGUCCGUUGCUCUUGGACACUUUGCCGCGAUCCGAAUCACUGGUGCUAGCAUGAACCCGGCUCGUACUUUAGCAUCGGCAGUUAUAUCAGGAAACUAUACAGCACACUGGGUAUACUGGGUCGGCCCGAUACUGGGUGGCAUUAUAGCCGCAUCGUUGUACGACAUGGUCCUAGCCCCUACUGCCACACCAAGCCGAAUCAGGAAAUGUAUAUCGUGCGAGUAUGACGUCACAGACGAUGACGUAUCACCGGGUGACAUUGACCUCAGCAUUAUCAACCACGGACACACGGCUGACGAGACGGGCGGAAAGAUAUGAUUCGACAUACAGGAGGCCCUCUACGGACCCUUCAGUCCAGUUGCACUCGCAUCAUCCCUCGCACUAUCCCACUCCAUUUGACUUUUUAUAGAUGGGUUUGCACUGACGUCAUUGACCACCAUCUUUAAUGACGUGCAUGCGUGAAAGGCUAUCAUUGGCUGAUAGUUGUGCUCAGUGCGUACACGAGUGCAUUUUCAAUCGUUUAUCAUCAAAUAUGGCGGUCGGUGACGCUGUGUACAAUCCAUCUAUUGUAAUAGUCGAAACCGCACUUUUUGGCAAACUUGCUAGUCCUUCUUGCUUCUUGAAUCUUCUGCAACAUAGUCGCUAUGGUUGUCGUUUGUACCGCAGUUUCCGAUGUGGUGUUCUGUUGAUAUUUUGUUAUGGCGUUUUGUUCAUCGGGUUCUUGAACCACAAAUCUGUUUCAAAUGUUUUUUUCCCUCGGGUGAUGUUUGUUGUUCUGAAACACAUGAUUUGUUGAAGAAACCCCCAUGGGUUAUCAUAGUUCCAUGUUUAAUGUUUAGAAACCGUGAGGUUCAAAAUGUUUUGAAAUAAUUAGUUUUUAAUGAAGUCUUCCCUCGGGGAAUGUUUGUUUGUCUGAACACGUGAAAUAAGCCAAUUAGUAUACAUUCUUCUUCCAACAAUGAAAUAUGCUUGACGAGAAUGUACGAGAAAGAGGGCUCUUGACGAGAACCUGAGUGAGACAUCGAUUCAGUGCUUAUUAUUAUAAAAAUGUACUUGUAUAGUCAAUGUAUUAUAAUUAUAAUGUAUUAUUAAUGUAACACAUUUCGCUGUUAUUAUGCAAAUAUUAUUUAACAUUUUGAAUCACAAUUAUUUUCGGGGAUAAUUUUUUUGUAGGUUUUUGACUCUUAUACCAAAUAGUAAAAAAUAAGAUCUGCUGCCUUUUACACAAGGUAUUGGUUGCCCGCAUCACAAACUAUUUCGGGAUGACAACUUUUCCUGAAAAGCUUCUACUACUUUGGGUGCGCGCAUGCUUGAGACUACUUACGUGCAUUUAAAUACGUUAAUUAUGCAUAUUGAUUUCAUUUAUGAAUUAAUUGUUUGAAUUAAUAAUUUUUUGUAUUUGUAGGUAGUUAAAAAACAAACGAACAAACAAACACCCCACAAACAAACAAACAAAC